ACACGGGAAAAAUCGAACGAUGGUGGUUAUGUUUAGCGAAUGGAGCAAUGAUCUGCUGCACUAUACUCGGAGUUGCGUUGUUUGCAAUAUUCCGGCAGAACUAUCGUCUUGACAAUGUUCCGGAGAAUAACGAGGACUUCAUUAGUAAACUGCCGGACGAAAUUCUGGUUUCGAUCCUCUCACGUACGUCCACAAAAGACUCUAUAAGGUCGUGCGUUUUGUCAAAGAGGUGGAGGGAUCUUUAUAAAUUUGUGCCUAGUGUAACUCUCCGUUGCACUGACCUGGUUAAGCGUGGCGGUGAUCAUGAUGCCCAUAGCUCAUACUUAGUGACUAAUCGAUUGCGUAAUUAUUUAUUGCUUCGUUCGGGUUCCAGAAUCCGUUCUUUCAGUUUUCGUUGUUGUGAGCCUCGGUCGUCGGACCGAUUCGUGUCUUGCGUUCAUUCUCUAGCAAGACUGGGUGUUGAAGAACUUGUUCUCCACUUCUCGUUGCCUUUUCGUUUUUCUUGCCAUCUUCUUUUCGAAAUGCAGUCCUUGAAAUAUUUCCAUCUGAAAUGGUGCUACUUAAUUCGAAAUUGGAAAAGCCAGAAAUAUUGCAACUCCCUCCAAACUCUCGAACUCACUUCUGUUACAGUAUUAUAUUAUGGUGCUUUAGACUGCAUCUUUUCCAAUUGUUUGAGCCUCGAAUCACUGAAAAUUGAAGAAUGUACUUUUUAUGAUAAAUUGUGGAUCUCUGGUUCGUUGAAGUCUCUUCAGAUUAAAGCUUGUAAAGGCGUCAAGGAGAUAGAGAUGGGCGCACCUAAUCUCGUUAGAUUCGAGUUUAUCGAUAGUAAAUUGCGUAAAUUAAUAUUCAAACAUGUCCCUCAGCUACAAACUAUAUAUCUUCGUGUAUUAUAUGAAUUUCUUCGUAUCUAUCCUAUUCGUCGGACACUUGCGAAAGAUUUGCCUCAGCUCAAGUCCUUGAGUGUUUAUACGGAAGGCGACUUUUUUCAGGGUAAAGAAAUUUACGCGUUUAGAAACCUCAGGCGAUUAGAUUUUAGCCUCUGUUACAGAAGUAGAAUCGAUCUGCUUUCGAUGAUUCCUUUCCUGCAAAAUUGCCCCCUCCUACAGGAGUUUCACAUGGAUGCGAACUCUGUGGGGUACAGUGGAGAACAAGUGAGAAAAGAUCGAGCGGUGGUACUGCACAAGGAGCUGCAGAGAGUGGAAAUUACGGGAUUCGAAGGGACGGAAAACGAGAUGGAAUUCGCCUCGUAUAUAGUAAAGAGUGCAGUGGCUUUAGAGAAAAUGCACAUAUUUAGGUGUGGGAAGAGAUACAUUGGAUUGAAUACUUGGGAUUAUAGAGAUGAAAGAAGUCAAUGGAAGCAAAAGAAAUAUGAAAUGAUCCACAAACAGUUGAAAGAGGAAGCAAUUUCCAGCAAGGCACAAAUUGUUGUUCAGUCUGCUUUGCUGCAUGAGAACAAUUUAUGGAGUUAGGAGUAUUUUUUUUUUCUUUUGUUAGGAUAAAUUACAACCACCCCUGAUGUAUGGGCAAAUGACAAAAAUACC